AGGAAGGAGGAAGAGGAGGAAGGAGGAGAGAGGAGGAAGAGGAGGAGAGGGAGAGAAGAGGAUAAAGGUAAUAAUAACAAUGAUAAUGAUGAUAAUAACAAUGAUAGAGAU